UGUUGUCUGUCAUGAAUGUCAGAACAGUCGCCAUCAUUGGUGCUGGCGUUAGCGGUGUCACUUCUGCCAUACAUCUGAGAAAUGCUGGACUGGAUGUUACGGUAUUCGAACGAGGAGAUGUUGCUGGAGGUGUUUGGUUCGUGCUUCCAUCUCUGAAUCGACCCUUUGCUCGGAAUGUGUGUCUCAAAUUGAGAACUAAUGGUUUGAGUAUAGGGNUCUAUGAUUCUCGCACUGCAGUGGAACCAGCUUAUCCAGCUACUUUGCCUUCAAUGGGUGAUUCUCCUGCUUUCGACUCUGUUCUCGAGACGCGAGAUUGCAAGGCUCGUAGGGACAGUCCAGUCGUUCAAGAGUCCUUGGAUGCAAACCGUGUUUCUGACAACAAGGAUUUGGAGAUCCUGCAUGCACCGCCAGNNGGCCUUCACAACAACGUCUCGACUCCAGAGAUGAAACUGCGCACCCAUGACUGGAAGCCAGAUACUCCUGACUUUGUCCCUCAUAGUGUGUUGGCGACGUAUAUUCAGGAUAUAGCCGCUGCCAACGAUAUCCUCUCUUUGAUCUCUUUUCGUACACGAGUGACCAAGAUAGAGAAGAAAGGAAAGACAUGGGAAGUAAAGACUGCGAGACUGAUUGAGGAGGAUGGUGAGAAGGAAGUCCGAGAGUCAAUACAGCUAUUCGAUGCAGUCGUGGUGGCGAGUGGACAUUACCACGCACCCAACAUCCCCAACUAUCCAAAUCUCUCUGCUUGGAAAACUGCUUUCCCAACGCGAAUCUCGCAUUCGAAAUCUUACCGCUCGCCUGCACCUUUUGCUGGCAAGAAUGUCUUGGUAAUUGGUGCUGGUGUCUCAAGCACGGAUAUAUGCCGUGAAUUAGGCAGUGUGGCGAAUAAAGUCUGGCAAUCGAGUCGAGGUGGAGAGUAUGAUCUCUUGCCUUCGAUGUUACCGCAUAAUUGCACGCGCAUUGGGGCUAUCGCCAAUUUCUCCCCUCUUGCAUCUAGGACCAAACUUGAAGAUGAGGAGGCGCUUCCUGGCCACGUUAUCCUAUCUUCCGUCGACACAAUCAACAACAUCCACCACAUCAUCCUCGCAACAGGCUAUCACAUGUCCUAUCCUUUCCUCUCUCAUCUCCACGCCGAUAACUUGCUUCCCUCACAAGCUUCAAACACCGCUCUGGUCACCACGGGAAAAGUAACCCACAAUCUCCACAAAGACAUCUUCUACAUCCCGGACCCCACGCUCGCGUUUGUAGGUGUACCCUACCACGUAGCCACUUUUUCGCUUUUCGAGUUUCAAGCUAUGGCUGUGGCUGCCGUGUUUGCAGGGACUGCGGAUUCACCAACGGAAAAAGAGAUGAGGAGUGAGUAUGAAGAAAGAGUAAAAAGAAAAGGUGUAGGUAGAAAGUUGCAUUCGUUGAGAGAUGAUGAGGGUGAGAUUAUGUAUGCGAGGGAGAUGAUGGCGAUUGUAAAUCAGGGGAGAAAAGAAGAGGAUAUGAUAGAAGGACAUACGAAAGAGUGGUUUGAGGCGUAUCAAAGACGGUUGGUGAGGAUGCAGGAAAGACGAGGGUGGGCAUCAACAACGAAAGAGAUUGUUGGUCCUGUAGAUGGCAACAAA